UCCUACCAGGGAUAGUACUUUGGCAUGAUAACUAUUUGUUCCUUCAUGGUUAUCAGGAAUUGUGUGUACGGCCUGUUAGUUUCAUUAUAUUAAUAACAAAUGUUUGGUAGUUUAUCGCAGAUGCGAGACACCUUCGUUUAGCAGUUGCUCAUGUGUGCAGGCCCGACGAUGGCCGAAAUCUUUACUGACGCUGGACGCUAACUAUCUCAGCGAAAGGUUGAAUUCAAGCUUUUUACGGUCGGUAGGUGACUAGUUUCUUCGGGUUACUGUUUAACUGUACCUGUGGUACAACUUCCAAUCACGUUUAUGGUCUGGUGUCCUAUUUUCUAGAGGCUGUGAUCCAGUCUUUAACCUGCCUGUCGCUGGGGACCCGCUGAUGAACGAAAUCAGCCCCGAUUUAUUAAUGUCUGAUCGUGAUAAUCCAGUAUACCUCUGAUCCACUCAACUCAACUCUUACGACAAUGAAAGGGGGACCUCGGAAAACCAGAAAAAGGGCACCAAAAAAUACCUCGGCAGACAAAGUUAACUCAGAAACAGUUUCAUCUCAAGCAACAGAGGAAUCAAGUACUCUUCCAGGCUGUGAUUUUGCCAUUGACAGCCUGGCCACUCCAUGUCCCUUACAAAAUACUCCAAAAAGAAGCAGGAGACAGACAAAACAGAUACAAGAAGCCUUCCAGACCUCCACACCAGUUCGCAGCUCAUCCACCGACAACCUGUCCAACACCCCCACAUCACCUUCAAGGACAGAGCAAGUAGAGCCAGAGCACACUAAGCUCAUCACAGACUUAAAGACAUCAGAAGGAGAUUCGCCAUGCAGCCAGUCAAACUCUCAGAGCAGAUGUAAGAAGGGUCAGGCUGUCCAGCCAAGACCAGCUAGAAAAACUGCGACAAAGAGAAAAACGCAGACCUGCAGUAAAAGCAAUGGUGCUCCAGCCAAGUGCCGGCCUGUCAAGAAACAGAAAAUGGAGACAGGGAAUUUAGAAACCGACACUACUAAUGAGUCAUCAGAACGUCCUAGACCGAGAUUCGAGCUGGGGAAGCCUGAUGACAUGGAUGAGUCUUCAGAACUAUCCAUAGAACUCAGUAACGACGAAGACCAGCCACCGCCGUUGUUGUCGUCAUACCAGGAGGAUGAGGACAGCGAUGAAGAGGAGGGAGAGUUACCGAGUUUUCUGAUGCAGGUGGACAAAAAGCCUCCAUCCAUUCGCGAGGGAGUGUUUGUAUGGUACAAAUUUAGGAAUUAUCCCUUCUGGCCUGCGCUGGUUAAGAGUGUUAAUCGAAAGCUGAAAAAAGCCAGCAUCAUGUUCAUUGAUUACCCAAUGAUCCACCAAAAAAAGGGGUUUACUGUGGCUCUGAAAACCCUGAAGCCUUUUGACUGUGAAGGAGCUAAUGAGCUGGUGUCUAAAGCUAAAGAAAACUUUGAUGCUGCAAUCAAUUGGUCCCUGGAGCUGAUAAAAGACUAUAGUAUACGGAUUGCAUGUGGCUCAUUUUCUGGCUCUUUCCUCGAGUACUUUGCUCAUGACAUGAGCUACCCAGUGAGGAGGAAGUACCCUCAGGCAGCCUCGGAAAGGCUAACCAUCGCCAGUGACGCGAUGAUGGAGGAGCCGUGCGAUGAUCAUAAAGAGGACAGCUUUAAUGAACAGCAGGAGGAGGUCAGCAAAACAUCGAAGAGACUGCUGCCAGACCGGACCCAUGCUGCCCACAACCGUGCUAAUGAGAAGCUUGUACAUUUCAUCGUCAAGCAGCGCAUGGUGGAGGGACGCCUUCUGGCUGUGAUCAGUGGGCAGCAGCAAUCCAGAUGGCUUCGCUCCUUCCAGAGUGCUAAUCGGAGACGGGUGGUAAACAAACGGGUGGUGAAUAUAUACCUAGAAGAUGACGAGCAGUUGGACCAAGUCUAUUGGUACCUAAAUGAGCUCUACACAUCGGCUGUGACCUCUCCCUGCCUGGCUGAGGUGAAAUCUAUGGAGCGUGUCCCUUUUGUCCUGGAUGUGCUUCUUCCUGAGGCCAUCAUCUAUGCCAUAGCUGGAGUGGACAAUGUCUCAGUAAAAAAGGCAGAGGAAAAGUACCUAAGAGGACGAUGUAUAAGUAACAGAGAAAGACAAGAGUUUGACUUGAUGAUUGAACGGCAGAUGAAGAAAAAGUCACUUAAUCAGAAUACUGCACUAUUUUCUGAUUCCAUCAGUUAGAGGACUGAGUACUGUAAAAGAUUAAUUAUUUUCAUAUUUGUAUGUUUUGUUUAUAGCUGAGUCUGUAUGCUGCUUUGCAGCUUUACAAUCAGGAUGCAGUCCUUUCUCAUUUGCUUUUUUGUAUUGUAAAUACUCAAUCGCAGUUUAAAAUCUGUUUAUAAAAUGACAUAAGCUAUAUUUGAAAUGAGUGCAUUACAUUAAUGAUGGUGACUGUUUGCUGAAAAUAUACAGAAUGCCAAAUUUCUCACAAAUUGUACAUUUAAUUGUUAGCUUAUGCGGUCAGUACAUUUUUUUUAAAUCAGCCAAUCCAACAAUAAUGGCUAUCACACACUAAAGGAAGGACAAGUGCCAAAUAAAAAACAGGUUUUUCGAGACACUAUACCCCAGGUGACACAUCGACCCAACAGCACAGCUGCUAUGGGGCUCAGGGCAAAAUGAGCAAUUAGGACGCUAAUGCCUGACCUCACUUCCUCCUAAUUUCUGUGCAGUGUGUAUGUACCCUGUCAUCCUCCGGUACCAAGUACACAGCAGACACAUGAUAACUUCAGUAUUAUUUUGCCCAGAGACCCUGAAACCAAUAAUUCAACAUCAAGUGGUACCAGGUUUGCUAUGCAGCAGUAACUGUAGUAUGUGCUUAUUUAAUUAAACAUAUUUAUUUGGGAAUGUAUUGUGUAAGCACAAUGUCCAUUGUCGUAAUAGUUAUUAUAACGUUAUUUUGACACACUCCUCCCCAAAAACAUCCAGAUUACAAAGA